CAGUGUUUAUACGCGACCGGGCGCGUGGAUUACACGUCACGUUGUAGUGCAUACAUUUCCCAUGAUCACCCGCGAGGUUGAAACUACAGAAGACAACAUGGCGGGGAUCGCAGCUUUCCUGAGGAAUGCCUGGAACAAGGAGCCUGUUAUCAUGGUGUCCUGUGGGAUUGGACUGUUAGGUAUUGCUCUUCCAUUCAUUAGCCCCCUAACAAAGUAUUCAGGAAUGAUCAAUUCAGCUGUGCCAUACAACUACCCAGUCCCUGUGCGAGAUGAUGGAAACAUGCCUGAUGUUCCCUCCCAUCCACGUGACCCCAAAGGAAACAACUUGGAAUGGCUUAAAAACCUAUAACUUCACAUUCUCUCAAUCAACGCUUGUGCUGUUCCUCUUGUUCAUACGUGUCCAUACAAAUCUGCUCCACUUGUCCCACAAUAAAGAUUGUCUAUUUAAUUCUA